AUGGAGGAAGGGGACUACCAGCUAAGGAAUGAAGGUGGCAUCCAAACCCUGGAAAUGACUCCGCUCACAGCCAUUCACAUUAGGAAUGUGCUGAUCUUUGACUUGGGAGGUGGCACUUUUGAUGUGUCAAUCCUUACUAUUGAAGAUGGGAUCUUUGAGGUCAAAUCCACAGCCGGAGACACCCACUUAGGUGGAGAAGACUUUGACAACAGGAUGGUCAACCAUUUUAUUGCAGAGUUCAAGCGCAAACAUAAGAAGGACAUCAGUGAAAACAAGAGGGCAGUUCGUCGUCUCUGUACUGCUUGUGAACGUGCUAAAUGCACACUUUCUUCCAGCACGCAGGCCAGUAUUGAGAUUGAUUCUCUAUAUGAAGGAAUCGACUUCUAUACCUCUAUUACUCGUGCCCGGUUUGAAGAAUUAAAUGCUGAACUGUUCCGUGGCACUCUGGACCCUGUAGAGAAAGCCCCCCGGGAUGCCAAACUAGACAAGUCUCAAAUCCACGAUAUUGUGCUGGUGGGUGGUUCUACCCGUAUCCCCAAGAUUCAGAAGCUUCUACAAGAUUUCUUCAAUGGGAAAGAACUGAAUAAGAGCAUCAACCCUGAUGAGGCUGUUGCUUACGGUGCAGCUGUCCAGGCAGCCAUCCUUUCUGGAGACAAAUCUGAAAAUGUUCAAGAUUUGCUGCUGUUGGAUGUCACUCCACUUCCUCUUGGCAUUGAAACUGCUGGAGGAGUCAUGACUGUUCUUAGCAAGCGUAAUACUACUAUUCCUACCAAACAGACACAGACCUUCGCUACCUACUCUGACAACCAGCCUCGUGUGUUCAUUCAGGUGUAUGAAGGGGAGCGUGCCAUGACCAAGGAUAACAACCUACUUGGCAAGUUCGAACUCACAGGCAUCCCUCCUGCCCCUCGUGGCGUUCCUCAGAUUGAAGUCACUUUUGAUAUUGAUGCUAAUGGUAUCCUCAACGUCUCUGCUGUGGAUAAGAGCACAGGGAAAGAGAACAAGAUCACCAUCACUAACGACAAGGGCUGCUUGAGCAAGGAAGACAUUGAGCGCAUGGUCCAGGAAGCUGAGAAGUACAAAGCUGAAGAUGAGGAACAGCGGGACAAGGUGUCUUCCAAGAAUUCACUUGAGUCUUAUGCAUUCAACAUGAAAGCAACUGUUGAAGAUGAAGAACUUCAGGGCAAGAUCAAUGAUGAGGACAAACAGAAGAUUCUUGACAAGUGCAAUGAAAUCAUCAAUUGGCUUGAUAAGAACCAGACUGCAGAGAAGGAAGAGUUUGAACACCAGCAGAAAGAACUGGAGAAAGUCUGCAAUCCUAUCAUUACCAAACUGUACCAGAGUGCAGGGGGCAUGCCAGGAGGAAUGCCUGGAGGCUUCCCUGGUGGUGGAGCUCCUCCAUCUGGUGGUGCCUCCUCUGGACCCACCAUCAAAGAGGUUGAUUAAGCCAACCUGAGAAUAGGUCUAGCAUUGUUCCACAAAAUAUUCGAAGGACCCAAAUUUGUAGCAAAUUCCAUGGCAGUUUUAAUGUUGAGCUGCUAUAGUAUAAAUAAACUGGGCAUUCUUGAUACUUGAAUAUGAAAAACGUGCACAGGGAAAGGAAAUGAACAUUGCACUUUAUAAGCACUGUUAUUGUUAAGUGGAAAAUGCAAUGUCUUAAAUAAAACGGUAUUUAAUUGGCACCAUAAAAAAAAAA